AUGUCAGAAAGCCUGCCUCAGAUUCAGGUCAGUUGGUUCAUAAAACAGUCUGAUAACAUGAGAAAGGAAAUUGUGAGUCCAGAGGUCUUUCUUCAAGUUAAUGGGAGGUCAUUCAGUAUGAGCCGUCAGACCGCAGGUAUUCCUUAGGGAUCUAGGAUCAUCCGUGGACAGUGGAUCUCACCAAUCAGAAUUCAUGGAGGAGCACCCUGCCCAUCUUCAAAUAGCAGCACCCCAAUCCCAGCUACUGGGAACUUGUAUGCCAGCCUGCUUGGAGGAGGGAUAGCUCCUCAGAGCAGCACCAUUGACAGUCCUAUUCACUCCCCUGCCCUAAAUUCCAAGAAAUGUGUAGUUACAAAUGAGAAUGACCCUUUAUUGCAAAUCCCACAGCCUCCAGAACUGCCAGUUCCACACAUUAUUGGUGAACACUAUGGGAGGGAAGAUCCAGCUCAGCAAGAUGAAUCCCUAAUCCGAAUCUCUGUGAUUCAGAACAUGUUACGACAAUUCAUUCAAAGUUUAGGAGGAGGGCUGGAUGACCAGCAGUCCUGGUUGGCCUUGAACAGGUUUUCUGCUGCCGUUGGAGGUCUUGGUUAUGGACACAAGGGCAAGUCCAUUGGAAAAAGCAGUGGCAACAAUGCAAUAGUCACCAGCAAUCCCAUGACAGUUCAACAGCUGGGAGCUCUUUCACCUUCAGCCUAUCAGCUUUCAACAGCCUGCAGCCAGAUCAGCCCUAGCUUACAAAGGUCUAUGAAUGCUUUCAGCCUGAGUGCUUCUCCAGCAGAUACAAGGUCACUCUUGUCAUGUGAGACUCUGGCCUCUACAACAUUAAGCUUGUCAGAAGGUCACUCCCCUCUGAGUGCUGAACAAGAGUGGUCACAUAGGUACAGGACACUUUCUUCUGUUCCUCCUGACCAUGGUUUACAAAAUGGCAGCGAGCUGGGGGACUUAACAAAUUUUUCACCUGAAGCAUCUACAUCCAGUGACUCACUACCAUCCUACUUAUAUGGCAUGGAAAAUAAGAAUUCCCCUUACUCUAGUCCUUGCCAGUCCUCAGUCUGGUCUCAAUCAGCCCACUCCAAAAAGAGAGGACUCUCUGUAUCUCCUCUGUCUGACUCUGGGAUUGAGUUCAAUACAAUCAUUCGUACAUCCCCAACUUCUUUGGUAGCCUACAUCAACAGCUCCAGGGCAUCGCCAGCAAAUGUCUCCCCACAGCCUGAGGUCUAUGGACAUUUUUUGGGAGUGAGAGGAAGCUGUAUACCCCAAAACUGCUCUGUUUCAACCACCCAGAAAGGCUUCCCCAUGGCGAAUGGCAGUGUCACUUUUCCAGGGUAUAUUGAGAACGGGACAGGUGAGUACCAGCGGAUGCAGCAGCUGGAGCAAGCCAGUUUACAGAUGAUUGCCACAAAUAACAUGGUGAUCCAGCAAGGUGUGCUGCCCAUGGACAGCCAUGCAAUGGACAUCCUGAAAAACGAACAGCUGGAUGACUUCUCAGGCCCUAUUGUUGACAUGCCUCUUUCCCCCCUGGUGCUGCCACCACAAGGGCCGCCCCCGCCGUACCACGCUCACCAGCACCGGCACCCGCUCGGCCUCCCCAGCCACGUCCCCCCGCUGCAGGGGCUGCCUCCUGCCCCGGGCGCCCUGCUGGAGGAAGAUGGGGAGCUGGAUGAUUUCAAUGGCAAGCAUGGCUGUUGCUGGGUUGACUGCGGGAAGCUGUAUGACCAUCAAGAGGAGCUUGUGCGGCACAUCGAGAAGAUCCACAUAGACCAGAAGAAGGGAGAGGACUUCACCUGCUUCUGGGCAGGGUGCCCUCGAAGGUUCAAGCCAUUCAAUGCCCGUUACAAACUGCUGAUUCACAUGAGAGUCCACUCAGGAGAGAAGCCGAACAAAUGCACAUUUGAGGGUUGCAAGAAAGCCUUUUCCAGACUAGAAAAUCUCAAGAUUCACUUAAGGAGCCAUACGGGUGAAAAGCCGUACCUUUGCCAGCACCCUGGCUGCCAGAAAGCGUUCAGCAACUCCAGCGACCGCGCCAAGCACCAGAGGACACACUUGGACACUAAACCUUAUGCAUGUGAGAUCCCAGGAUGUAGUAAGCGAUACACAGAUCCAAGUUCCCUGAGAAAACAUGUGAAAGCCCAUUCUUCCAAAGAUCAACAAGUCAGGAAAAAGUUGCGAUCAAGCUCAGAGACUGGCCAGGACAUCCUGAAUGACUGCCUUGCAAUCCAGCCCCUCCAGCCAGCCCUGUCACCACAUGAUGCUGUAGAUAAUAAUAUGGGACACUCCCCAGGGCCUGCUUGUGAUAUUUACUCAGCAGCUGUGAUCCCCAGCACACAGAUAAAUCAAAGUGGAACAGCAGCUGGGGCAGUGUCCUUGUCCCACCCCAGCAGCCACUCUUCCCCAGGACAAAACAUACAGGGCAGUCCCCUGCAUCCUCCCCAGAUACCUCUUCUCACAGCUGCUGACUCAGAGAGGUUUGUUGCUCCCACUCCUUCUCAUCACAUCAGCCCCCAGAGAAUGUCCAUUCAACAUCCCAUGAUGCAGAGACAGACUCCACAGCAUCCUCAGCUUCCACAGCUUGCAGGGAUGCCUCUGAAGACAUACCAACCAGCAGAAAGCCCUUCUUUUCAGCCAAAUGCCCUUCACAUCCAGGGUUUUUAUGGGCAGCUUCAGACUUUCUGCCCUCCACAUUAUGCUGACACUCAGAAGAACAUACAAGACAGUGUUUCUUGCAAUAUGGUUCCUCCUGUUGACUGCUCAGCUCUCACAUCAGCAGGCCAGGGAGGGCUUGGCAUUUUCCGUGGAAGUUUUUCAGAUCAUUCUGGUAUCAAAGUCUAUGACUUUCCAGCAGGAUCUGUAGGUAUCUUUGGUGAUUCAGCUUGCAGCAUGCCAGAGGACAGCAGUUUCCUACAAGUGAAUGCAGUGGAUCAUUGUUCCAGCCAGCUUUCUUCUGUAUACACUGAAGGCUAAGUAAUGUAUAUCUAGUUACAAGAACUUGAUUCUGUUUCAUCUUGCCCUUCUGUUAUUCCCCUACAAAUUUUUU